CCAACUGCGGUGACGAUGAAGACAUCGACGAGUGUUUCUUCGUCCACAGAGCGUUCAUCCAUAUUUGCGCUUCGGUCGUGCACAGCUGGUGCGGUUUGCACAGCUGGCUCUACCCCCUUCCUCCCGGGGUCCUGAAGGCUAUCUGAUGUGUCGCGUGCUGCAUGCGAGGCGCCGUGGUCAGCAGUCGAAUCAUGGAACCUUGUCGCCUGGAAGGCGUGAGACUCAUAACUAGGCUUCAUCCUGUGCGUCGAUUGAGACGCUUCAUACAAGUCCUUCACGGUAGAAAGAUGCGGGCUCCAACUUUGCAAUCAUUACCUGCGGAAUUUCGGGGCAGUCAGACCUGGAAGGUUGGUGAGUCGCGCCAUCGAGAGGAGAGCGAGGGUUGGGAGUGGGAUCUAAAAAGCUCUUGCAUUGGAUUCUUGGCCUGGUUAUCAGAGCAUCAAUUGCAUGCUUGACUACCAUUCAGCCUGCGUCACGUGAGCGAUUUCAGUGAAACGAAUCGUAAUCCUGUGGGGUUCCGGGAGUUAAUCUCAGUCUGAGAUUGCUG